AUGAGCACAUUACAUCUAGUCAAUUCUAAUGCAUUUAAAAUAAUUUCUAGGGAUGCACAAUCAAGAGCAGGAAUAUCAAAUUCAAACUCACAAUUACUUAAAUCACCAAUUCCAAGUUUGAAAAGUUUUAGAAUAAAUUUAGAAAGUUGGAUGGAAUAUUUACCAGAAAAUUUGACCCAAAUCCCAUUCAUUUAUUUGGCAAUACCCGGUUCUCACAAUUCGUUCAGCUACAGUAUAUCACCUAAUUCAGGUGUGAGUCCAGAUUCUCCAUUGGUUGUACAAAAUAUUGGAAAAUGGUGUAAACCCCUAGGAAAUAAAAUUAUAUUCAAAUGGUCACAGGGUCAACAACAAGAUGUCACUAGACAAUUAUAUUUAGGGAUAAGAUAUUUCGAUAUAAGAUUGGUUAUAUAUAAAAAUAACGAUAUAGUUGUAGCUCACGGUUUAUACGGUGGACGGAUACAAGGUUUCCUAGAGGAAAUCAAUCAAUUUUUAACGUCUCACCCGAAAGAAUUUGUCGUAUUAGAUUUUCAACAUUUUUACGAAUUCAAAACGGAGGAUCACGAAAGAAUGAUAACUCUAUUGGUGAACAUAUUCGAUGAUAAAAUAUGUCGAAGGGAUAGAAGAAUGAGAGAGAACACAUUGGAUUUAUUUAGACAAUUUGGAAAUCAAAUAUUAAUCGUGUACAGGCAUAUAAUAACAAAAUUAAAUGAUAUUUUUUGGCCAUCGGGAACGUGGCACACUCCCUGGCACGAUAAAAUCGACGUUAACGAAUUAUUGGAAUGUUUAAAUAAGGGUUUAACAGAAAGGAAAGAUGGAAUGGGUCACGUGACUCAAGCCAUAUUGACGCCGAAUGUUAAAUACAUAACACUACACACAUUUGGUAGUUUGAAAAAAUUGGCAUAUAAAUCAAAUGAAAAAAUUGUUUCUUGGUUGGAAACUAAAACGUGCGGAAUGGGUGGCGUUAACGUCGUCAUAUGCGAUUUCAUUGAAGGUUACGAUUUCACAGAAAACGUCAUCAAAAUAAAUUAUAAAAAUUUAUAG